AUAUUUGGAAAAAGAAUCUGAUGAUGAUGAUGAGAUGGUAUAUCAGCCGGCACACGGAAGUCCUGGCGCAAAAGCUAGCAGUAGCGGUGAAGAUGGCGAGGACGAGGAGGAUGACCCGCUUGAUGCCUUUAUGGCUGGUGUUAAUAAACAGGCAGUUCAGGACAAAGCGGAAAGUAUUCGGAAAGACAAGGAGCGCAGUCUGAAAAUGGACAAGGAAGAGGACGAGAAAAACAAAGGACUGGGCCGUGCUGAUAUCGAUGAGGAGGACAUGCAAGAAUCGUAUUUCAGAUUUGUGGAAGAGCGCAAAGCAAAUGCAGCGGAGGAAGAGGAAAUUUAUGAAUACGAUGAAGACGGUAAUAUCAUUUGGACCUGGAAGAAAGUAAUUGAUCCGUUGGAAGCAGUCGAUCACGCUGCGAUGAAUUAUCCAUCGUUCAACAAAAAUUUUUAUCACGAACAUGAACAGAUCAAGUCGAUGACAGCAAUAAAAGUUUAUGAGCUGCGAAACAAUCUGAACAUCAAAGUGGCUGGCCUCAAUCCACCAAAGCCAGUGACAGCAUUUGCGCAUUUUGGCAUGGAUGAGCCACUGAUGAAUGUUAUUCGAAAAUCGGAAUAUGAGCAUCCAACUCCAAUUCAAGCUCAGUCGAUUCCAGCAGCACUCAGCGGGCGAGAUGUGCUUGGAAUUGCGAAAACAGGCAGUGGCAAAACAAUGGCGUACAUUUGGCCAGCAAUUGUACACAUCAUGGAUCAGCCAGAUCUAAAGGAUGGCGACGGCCCAAUUGCACUUAUCGUUGUUCCAACUCGUGAAUUGGCAUUACAGGUACUUUAUUUCGUUCUGUUUUGUACAUGUGUUUUCUCUGUAUCGAUUCCAGCAGCACUCAGCGGGCGAGAUGUGCUUGGAAUUGCGAAAACAGGCAGUGGCAAAACAAUGGCGUACAUUUGGCCAGCAAUUGUACACAUCAUGGAUCAGCCAGAUCUAAAGGAUGGCGACGGCCCAAUUGCACUCAUCGUUGUCCCAACUCGUGAAUUGGCAUUACAGGUGUACCAAGAAGCAAAACGUUACUGCAAAGUCUACAACAUCAGCGUAGUUUGUGCGUAUGGUGGUGGGAGCAAAUGGGAGCAGCAAAAUGCCCUAAGAGAAGGUGCCGAAUUGGUUAUUGCCACUCCGGGACGUAUAAUUGAUCUGGUGAAAAUAAAUGCAACAAAUUUCAUGCGUGUUACUUUUUUGGUGUUUGAUGAAGCGGAUCGCAUGUUCGAUAUGGGA